ACGAAUCAUGUGGUCCUUAGAAAGUCUGUCAAUGAGUUCUGCGGGUAGGUCUACGUGGUGAGGAGUGGGACUGUUCUGUCGUGCACCUAUCACCAUGGAUGAUUACCCGAUGUAUCGGUUGCUCGUGGGGUUCUCCCUUUGGGGGACCCUUUGGCGUUUCAUUUUCCCAUUGGGAUUCGGGAACACGUUUUCGUGUAGGGUAGAGACACGUACGGGAACGGGUACCUCGCCCUACACGGCCAAGCAGGAAGCAAAGCCCGCCGCCAUCCACAAAGAGAGGAGAGAAAAGAAGGAGGCCAAGAAGAAGGCCUUACUGGAGGCGCAGGCAGCGAAGUUGAAGAAGAUUGAGGAGGAGAUGGCUAGGGAGAAAGAGACGCUGAAGAAAGAAGAACAAGCGAAAUUAAAGGAAGUGGAAGAAGAAGAAGAAGAAGAAGUAGAAGAGGAGCCACUGGAGAGAGGAAGAAAAGGAAACAGAGGGGAGUCCAGUGAGACAAAGGAGGACUUGAUGGAGAAGAAGAUUUCAGAGUGGGUUGCAGGACUGACCCUGGGAGAGGAUGAGGAGGCGUUAAUGUAUGUACCCAGGGACGAGCAGGAGGCGGCCGUGCGAGAGUGGGAAGCUGAAAGAGACCCACUCAAGCGGCAAGUGCUAGAAGAUGAGAAGAGGAUGGAGUGGAAGUUCCGCCUCACUAGGGAGAGGAAGAGGAGAAUGGAGGCGGCAACGGAGGUGGCACAAGAGUUGGAGGAGAUUAGGAAGCAGAGGGAUCAGAUGGCGGUCCAAGUAGACUUAUUGGGGAAGGUAGAGAUCCUAGCCAAGAACGUGGAACGUCUGGCAAAGGUCCAGGAGGAGCAGCUUUUAUUUGGUAGAGGCCAGAACAUUGCCGUGCGUUCAAUACGGUCGGGACUUAGGGACUUUGCUCGGGAGUUAGCCAUGCAAGUGGGCUCGCAUGUGACAGCCCGCCUCGAGGGCACUGAACGAUACUGUGUUGGUGCCAUUGAGGGCGCCAAGCUGAUUGCCCCAAAGGAAGAAGAAGCACGCCCCCGUAGAGAGCCGGUCAAGGUUAAGUUUCCGGAUUCCUACAGUGGAAAGAAGGGAGAGAACUUUGACAAUUGGGAGGCCAACGUUAAAACGUACGUGCACCUGCAGAAGGUGUCCCCCGAUGAGCAGGUCCUAAUCGCCAUCCAUGCGUUAAAGGAAGAAGCCGCCAAUUUUGCACGCCCCUUAGUCCGCGCUGCUAAUUGCAGCGACGAUGUGGUUGCCUACUCUGCCUUCACCCCCCUCGCUGACUUUCUUAAGUUGCUGCGCAAACGAUUUGCAGAUGUCUCGCGCAGUGUCAGAGCCUCUGAUCGAUUGCAGACUAUCCACUCUCAUCAGUGGAGGAGUGCCAAGGCACUCAAGGGAGUAAUGGACGAGCUAGUGGUUGUUCCUGACCAUGGGGCCACAAAGACCCAACUGGUCAACCUCUUCUAUCGAGCUAUGCCCGAGUCGUUGCGUGGGCACUUCUUUGAGAAGAGCCAACAACCGACCAUGACCUACGACGCACUGAGCAGGGAAUUGGUGGCGUUUGAAGCGAAGUCUGUGUCAGUCUCCACUUUCUGGCACAAGGACUUGGAUAAGGGAAAAAAGUGGAAGGGUCUCUGGACAGGUUAAGACUAAGGAUCGUUUGAUCCUUACCUUAGAUGAGGGUAGUGUCGACGAAGUCCCCUACGAC